CGUCGUCAUCACAAAAACCUCCUCAAGCCUCAGCAUGAGCUCCGAGUGGGACGAGACGUGCCUCGUGUGCUGCACCAAGACCAAGAACCGCUGCAGCAGGUGCGCCGAGGCCGGCAUCAGCCUGUACUUCUGCUCGCCCGAGCAUCAGCGUCUCGUCUGGAACGACCACAAGCGCGUGUGCGGGCCGGGCAAGGCCAACCCGUUCGUGUGGCCGCUCCUGUCGGUCGACGAGUCGCGCGAGGUCAUCGAGCACAUGGACGAGACGACCGGUAACCUCGUCAACAAUCCGCCAGAUCUCAACACUGUCGCCAAGAUGGUCGCCAAGAUGGUCCGCUCGCGCGAGAUGGUGCCUAUGCUCAUCGAGGAGCUCACGGCGGGCGCAGACCGCCGAGUCGCCGCCGCCAACGACGCGCGUCAGCAGCUGCUCCUCGUGAGCAUUCGUGCUUUUGACGAGGCUCGCGUCACGAUCCCGGUCGAGGCGCAGUCGUUCGACAACGUCAUGGGCCCGCGACGGUCGAGCGCGCUGUGCGCCGCCUCAGGCUGGGACUUCUUCGCCGCCCGCGGCUCGAUCUCGUUUGACGAGUACGGGCGCGAGCCUUGGCGCACCAAAGCGCGGCACUACGCGCUCAUAAACUUCGCCAUGACCACCAUGGCCGUGAACGGCUAUGACGAGGCGUUCAUGACGCUCGACCAGUCCCUUCAGCGGCUUACCGAUCACGUCGUGGCGGGCGCCGCACGCUCGAACCCGCGCUUCGCGGCCGAGUACCGCGCCGCGGCGGACCGCGACUUGAAGAGGGCCCAGGACUGGUUGAGGAUGAAGACGAACUCGUAGAUGUCGUCGUGUCCGCUUGGAAUCCUGACUCGCGACCGAGUCUCGGUCGAGUUUC